AUGGGAAUGCGCAUGACGCGGGUGUGCAGCUUUUCCUACCUGCUGCCUUUCUGGUCGGUGAUGUCUCUCCUGCUGCACUUCAUAACGCUGACGCUCGUACUGUGGCUGGUCACGCGCAUGCAAGAGGACGAUGGCGGGGCGGACCCCUUCGCCCCGCCAGACGCCUCCACCGCCCGCCCCUGGCUGCGGCCGCUGCUGCGGCCGCCGGACGACUGGUGCUUCCAAGACCUGAUGAUAGGAGACGCCUCGGUCCACAGGCUGGAGCGCUGCUGGCACCACGGCGGCGGCGCGCGCCACGGGCCCUUGUGCCCGUCUGCCAAGGACGCCGCCCGGCCGGCAGCGCUGAUCUUGACGAUCGCGCUGAACAACGACAGCUUUGGCCUCGCCCAGCAGCAGGAGGAGGUGCCUUCUCUCAGGGGGAUCGACGGCUUCCUGGAGAUGCUGAGUCAGCAGGACUAUCCCCCCUGCCGCACCUCCCUGGGGCUGCUCGUAUCAGACGCCGAGUUCUACCCGGAGGCGGUCCGCUCGUUGGAGCGGUUGGUGCGGGGCAGGGGGAUGGCGCGCCUGGUGGUCAUCAACAAGACCAUAACCACGGGGAUCAGCGACCAGGCGGACCGGCAUGACGACAGCUUCCAGCGGCAGCGCCGCACCACCCUCGCGCGGCUACGAAACGUGGCGGUCAGCAUUGCGUUGGACGGCGAGGAUGCUGUUUUGUGGGUGGAUUCUGAUAUCACGUCAAUGCCCAACACCACGCUCUCCACGCUAAUAGACAGCGGCAAGGACGUCGUGACAACCAUCACCAAGGG